UCGAUCUCAUUGAAAGCAGCAACAUCUCGUUGAAUCAUCCCUCUACCACAUGUCAACUAGAGUAAUGGCCCCAGCCAAGAAGAUUGCGGUGGCACAAAUCCUUGUCAUCGUCAUGGUGGCAACUUCAUUAUUACAGACGUCAAGGGCCACCGUCACGAAGUCCGGCGAGGAGCUGUUCAAGAUGGCCCUUGUCGGGCUCAUGGAUGUGGCCAUUGACGACGUCAUCGCCGCCACCCCACCAUCGAAAAUACCCGAAGUAAAAGCGGCUGGGGAGAAGCAACAACUCCUCGCUAUGGCCAAGGUGGACACGGCCAAAGGAGACAAGGCCAAAUUAGAAGCAUUCAUGUCGGCCUACAAGAAGGCUGCUGAGCAAGUCCUUGCCGCGCCACCUGCUCAGAAGUUCUCGGUUAUGGAUACAGGCUUUACCGAGGCUUCUCACCCAGCUCCGUAAUUGGCACCUCAUUCACCCAUAUACUUGUUUUGUUUCUUAUUUUCAUUUUUAUUUCUUCCUAUUUCUAUUGGCGAUUUUGUUUCGCAUGAUCAAUCACUUGCAAUAAUCUAGAUAUAAGGAACCCUCAUGUACGGGCACAUUACGAUAUGUACUACGUUUAUUUUCCCAAAUCUAUAUCUAUACCUAUACCCUCA